UCUGGGGUUGGUGUGCUUGUGUUUAGUUCUCAGAGAUAGUCAAAUAGGAUUCCUUUGGGAAGGGACACAAAUCACUCCCAUUUUAACAAGAGGAACAACACGGGAUCGGCAGCCACAAGGGUCCUCCUCUUCUUGAUUUCCAAUUUCUUAUUCAUUUCCAUUUGACAGGGAAUAUCUCUGCAAAAGGAAAACAAAGAGAGAAAGGGAAGAAGAAAAAAAACUUGUCAGGGGUUGAUGCCAUUUGAUCUAGCACAAUCUGAAAGCUCUAGUUGAUCCCAUUCUCUAGUUGAUACCAGAGCACACAGAGCAAGUCUCUUUAAAACGGGGGGAUAUCGUCAAAACCUCAAGUGAGAUUCUGUUAAUUUGCACUGUCUUGCGUUUCGCUCGUUUGUCUUCUUAUCACUGUUUGAAGUGCUUUUCGUCUCUGACACACCUGGAUUUCGAUAAGUCGUCUUUGGACUCUUUUCGUCUUUUUCGCUUGGUUUGAAGUAAACAGACAGACUGUCACUGGCAUCAACGCGGACCCAGUACUAGCUCGCGCCCACGUUGUUACCCUCUUUUACCUGUGAUUAGAGAAAACACAUUUUGGGACACUCAAACGGAGAGAGGGAGCGCGAUUUUUUCAUGUUUGGGAUUCAGGAGAGCAUCCAGAGGAGUGGGAGUAGUUUGAAAGAGGAACCCAUCGGAUCCGGUAUGAACGCAGUUCGGACAUGGAUGCAGGGAGCCGGGGUGUUGGAUGCGAACACCGCCGCUCAAAGUGGAGUGGGUCUUGCCCGGGCUCACUUUGAGAAGCAACCGCCGUCAAAUCUUCGGAAAUCCAAUUUCUUUCACUUCGUUUUGGCUCUAUAUGACAGACAAGGACAACCAGUGGAAAUCGAAAGGACGUCUUUCCUCGGUUUUGUCGAGAAGGAAAAGGAAUCCACUGGAGAAAAGACCAACAAUGGUAUACACUACAGACUGCAACUUCUCUACAGUAAUGGCAUCAGGACAGAGCAGGACUUUUAUGUGCGACUCAUCGACUCCAUGACUAAACAGGCCAUUAUUUAUGAAGGUCAAGACAAGAACCCAGAGAUGUGCCGAGUGUUACUGACACACGAGAUCAUGUGCAGCCGCUGCUGUGACAAGAAGAGCUGUGGCAACCGCAACGAGACCCCGUCUGACCCAGUCAUCAUCGACAGGUUCUUCCUGAAGUUUUUCCUGAAAUGCAACCAGAACUGUCUGAAGAAUGCAGGGAACCCGCGGGACAUGCGGCGCUUCCAGGUGGUGGUGUCUACUACGGUCAGUGUGGAUGGACAUGUCCUGGCGGUCUCUGACAACAUGUUUGUCCACAACAACUCCAAACACGGCCGCCGGGCUCGUAGGCUGGACCCCUCGGAAGGUACGCCAUCAUACCUGGAACAUGCAGCUGCCCCCUGCAUCAAAGCUAUCAGCCCCAGUGAGGGCUGGACAACAGGGGGCGCAACUGUCAUCAUCAUAGGGGACAAUUUCUUUGACGGCCUACAGGUCAUCUUUGGCACCAUGCUGGUCUGGAGUGAGCUCAUCACACCCCAUGCCAUCCGGGUGCAGACUCCGCCCCGCCACAUCCCAGGGGUGGUAGAGGUGACCCUCUCCUACAAGUCCAAGCAGUUCUGUAAAGGCACGCCCGGACGCUUCAUCUACACAGCUCUGAAUGAGCCCACCAUCGAUUACGGCUUUCAGCGGCUGCAGAAGGUCAUCCCCCGACACCCUGGAGAUCCAGAACGCCUUCCAAAGGAGGUGAUUCUGAAGAGGGCAGCAGACCUUGUGGAGGCUUUGUAUGGGAUGCCCCACAACAACCAGGAGAUUAUUCUGAAGCGGGCGGCGGACAUAGCAGAGGCUCUCUACAAUGUUCCCAGGAACCACAACCAACUGAGCGGCCUGGGCAAUAGCUCUGUCCACGCAGGCAUGAUGGGGGUCAACUCCUUCCCUGGCCAGCUGGCCGUCAAUGUGUCCGAGUCCUCCCAGGGAGCCAAUCAGGGUGAGGGGGCGGGUCGAUACGGGUGUGGCGCUAUCGUCAUAGAAACCGGUUUCAGUCGAAACACGAGCAGCGUGUCUCCACAUGGCUAUGUGCCCAGCUCCACCCCCCAGCAGACUAACUACAGCUCUGUGACCACCAGCAUGAACGGCUACGGCAACACUGUCAUGUCCAACCUGGGAGGAUCCCCCAGCUUCCUCAACGGCAGCGCUGCCAACUCGCCCUACGCCAUCGUUCCCUCCAGCCCCAACAUGGCGUCCUCCACCAGCCUGCCCUCUAACUGUAGCAGCUCUUCUGGGAUCUUUUCCUUCUCCCCUGCCAACAUGGUGUCGGCCGUCAAGCAGAAGAGCGCCUUCGCUCCCGUGGUGCGACCCCAGACCUCACCCCCGCCCACCUGCACCAGCACCAAUGGCAACGGUCUCCAAGAUCAGUCUUUUGUGGACUCUAGCAAGUACUCCACAGCCAGCUCGCUGCAGGGCCUGGCCUUCUCCUGAAUGAUUCCUGGAAUGAUCGUUCCUCCCAUGUAAGCGGUGCGUGUGUGUGAGGUGAGGAGAAGGACACCACACACCCAGACAUGGAUCUCAGCAUGUACAUAAGGCUCCGGUUUAGGACUGGAUCGUCAGUCCUGCAUUGAAGGAAUGGAACCCGUAACUCAGGCCCUUUUUAAAAGGAAUCACAUUUGAACAAAAAAAAAGAAGACGAAGAAGAAAAAAAACAGAGAAUUUGCAACAACCUCUUUUGAAUUUGUACACCUUGUUGACACUUUUUAAGAGGGAAGGCAAGGCCACAGAUUACCCAGAAAGCCCACCUAAAAAAAAAACAUUAUUUAUUUUGGAGAGGAUUGACUCUUUCUUUUAUUUAGUGCAUCGUUUGUGUUUUACCUUUGUGCGAAAAAUACAUAUUUCCCAUAUUUCAAAAUGUAAUACACACUAUUAGAGGGAUUUUUUUUAUUUAUGAAUCUAAAAAAAAAGAUAAAUGAAGAAAAUGUUUGUGAAGGAUAAAACAACGUGUUGAAAGUGAGCGGCAGAGAACCUCCAGUUGAAUAGUGAAGACUGAAUUAGAUUUAUACAAUAACAGUAUGCUGGAGACUAUGCCACAUGCCCUAACUAACCCUAAGGCACAGAAAGACACAUACAUGAUAGGUAGCACAAGCUAACUAUGCACCAUUGCAGAAACUCUCUGCUUUCGAGUUUGUUUGGACCACCGCAAACAGCCCAUACACAUUUCUCUCCCUCUCAUGCCAAGCAGAGACUGCCAUCGCCGCGACUAGCGCUUUCACUCAUCUCCACAGAAAGCAAGUGAUUUAUCCAUGAUGACACAUAACCAGCCAUUCACCCCAUGUUGGCUGUGAGUGCACCGAUCGUGUCCAAGCACCUAGGUGGUUGUCAGAGAUAGAGAGCAGAGCCUGAACCUGCCCUGGAUGCCAACAGUGUCUCUACUGUAUGGACUCUGGACCGCUAACUUGCUGUGGAGCCGCUCAGCCAAGUCCCAUAACUGUACAUCAGAACCCCUUUUGUUAAAGUGUGCUCUCUCUCUCUCUCUCUCUCUCUCUCUCUCUCUCUGCCAUCCACCACAAAAUCUCAAUGAAGGAAACCAUACAUUUUUAAAGGGUGUUGCCAUUUCACUUUUGCUAUAUCGUGUGAAUUAAAAUGUUGUAUUAUUAUAGUUGUUCUGUUUGUUAUGCUCUCACCAUGAAACUGUGAUCAUGGGCCGGCCAUUAAAAAUGUGCUUCUUAUUCCACCAUGUUACCGUACAACAGUUUAGGAUCUGAGAAACGGAAUACUGGGAGACACUUUAUAGACAGACUAAUGAGUCAACAGUGAGGUGUGUAGUGGUGUCCCAGCUGCCAUGGUGAUCAAUGGAAUAGCCAGCACUGUAAAAGUUACCGACUCCUCAGAUGCCUAGCAAAUAUCUGAAUCCAACCUUUUCAAAAAAAAUUUUUUUUUGCUUUCUUGUGUGAUGUGUGUUUUUUGUAUAUAGUAAUACAUUUUUUUAGUCUUUGUGAUUUUUUAUUUUUUUUGCCAAAGUCAUUGUUUAAGAUAUAUUUAUACAUUUAAAGAAGUCUUAAGGCAGCUUUACAAUAUAGUGUCACGGAUGUCAUGUUUACUACAUACUCAAAAUGAUCUCAUCAACUUUAGCUCGGAGAUUUUUGGAUAGUAAAAAGGGAUAUACAGUAUGUAAAAUAUCCAUAUAAAUAAUGUAUGUAUCUCCUGAAUUUGUACAUUGCUUCUUCAUCAUCCUUCAUGUGUAUGUUUGCAUUUUGUGACAGUACCGAUCUGUUUUUAUUUGGUUGUCUACCAUGUUCCAUGUUUAAAUGUCAUUUUGAUACAUUUCAUUGGUAUGUUUUUUUGUUUUUUGUUUUAAGCCAUACUUUCAUUUCUAAUUCCAUCCACCCUAAAGCCAUUGUCUAUUUUUGUAUAAUUUGUUAGUUAAUGAAAAUGUUGCUGUUUUCGUUUUGUCUUGAUAUUGGAUUUGUUUUAUCACAUGGUAAAAGUAGCAUAUUAUUCUUAUAGUAUUUAGUUAUAUAGGUUUUGAGAGUAUAUAAGUAUAUCAUAUAAAUAUCUUUUUUUGCUUAGAUUUUUUGGCUUUCAGAAGAACUGAUACUGUUUAAAAACAAACAAUAUGCAUGGGUUUUCUCCUCCUAGCGAUGCAUUUGUGUGCUAUAAGCAGGAAGACCAUUUUUGGCAAAAAAUAGGAAAAUACUCCCCCCCCCCAAAAAAAUUCGCUUCCAUCUUAUUUUCCCUUUCCCCUCUGUUGUCUCACCAAAAUCUGAACCAGCAGUUUAGAUGCCUUAACAAUGCAAAGCCACAGCCGUCAGUGUAGAGUAGAGACCCCACCAGUGCUCUGCUAACAUACUUCAAAAUGGGUGCAACAAGCAAAAUAUAGAGAGGGGGUAGCACAAGUGGAGUUGUUCCUUAUCCUGGAGCCCUGAGGAAUGUUUACCUGUUUUCCCUGUCACAGUGAGCGCUCGGCACGGCAAGGCAGAGAGAGUGGCAGGUAGUAAGAGAAGAGGAGAGCUGUAGGAUAGAGAGGAAGAGGAGGGAGGGAGGGAGGCAAGGUGGUGGAUGGGGCUGGCUGGCUGAUGGGGGGAGGACACUGUGAUGAGAUGACUGAGAAGAGAAGGGAGGAUAAAUAUUUAAUGUGUUGAGCAGCUGGAGGGGUAAGGAGUGGUGGAGGAGAGAAGGAGAGGAGUGAGGUGCACUGCAAUACUCAUUUGAAACCAAGCCUCCCCUUCAUAUUCCUCUCUCAUAUACACAGCUAGGGGUGGGUUGAUGGUGAAGCCAUAUUCUAUCUACUGUUUGAUUCUGUUUGAGAAAGGUUAUGGUACAACAACAGAUCUGAUGAUGAACAGUUUUAAAUGACAGCACAAUAAUCUGUACACACAAGUCAUUUUACACCCUUGCUUCGACAAUUGCUACUGCCCUCUUCUGACUCUCCCCCUUUUCUCUUCCCCUCCCUUUAUAUACAAAUUGAGCCACCUGUUUAUCUCUGACAUGGGUCAUAUGACCACUCUUUGUAGUCUUUUGUGUGUGUGUGCGUGCGUGUGUGCGUGCGUGCGUGUGCGCGUGUGUGUUCGCGCUAACAGUCCUCUGAAAGAGAACGUGGCUUUUUAAUUUAAUUGCUGACGGAUAUUUUUUUAAGUGACUUUGUAGGAGGGGGAGAAUUUAAACUGAGGAUUCUGAGGAUGAGGAAGUCUCUUGUAAAAUGCACUUGUGUAAUGAUGAGUUCAGCUUGUAUGCAUAUUGUGACUCAGUUCUCCUGUCUUUCGGGUACAGGGACAGAUACGUUUGAGGUUUACUGUGUCACCGCCCAGCCAAGAGUAUAGAGCCAUCCCUGUCAGGGAGGUGGGCCACCUGGUCAUGAAAUGAAUGAAAUUGUUCUCUGAAUCCUAUUGUCACCCUUUUGAACCCAUCUCUCCAUGUCUCUUACCAAGCCUUGUCUUUGACUGGACACACAGAGCAGUUAUAUAUUGAUGAACAAGGAAAAGAGAAAAUGAAACUACUGUAAAGAUGAUCUCCUUCUUUUUUUUUUUUUGGGAUGAACUUUGAACUGUAAAAUAACUUUUCAACUUUCACAAUAUUUAAUUAAAGUUCCCUCUUGUCUGUGAAACUGUU